AUGGAUAUGGGAACUUCCACAACGGCGAUGACCGCCACAGCAACUGGUAGUGCCGCUGCCGCUACAUCCUCAAUGGCAAUGUCAAUGGGAGGAGACUGUCAGAUUUCCAUGCUAUGGAACUGGUACACAAUCGACGCCUGUUCGCUCCCCGUCUGUUCUCCACAAAUGAAAGCUCACAAAUCCAGGUUUCCUCUCCAGCUCAUGGCACAUCACCGCGGCAUGUUCGCCGGCUUCUGCAUCGGUGUGAUCUUCCUCGUCGUAUGCCUCGAGUUCCUCCGUCGACUGGGUAAAGAAUACGACCGCUACAUCCUUCGCCAGUACCAACGCUCAUAUGUGCCAAUCUCUGUCAAUUCUUCCCCUGCGCCAGAACAACAAGCGUGCUCGUCCAAAGCUGCUGGGUCGAAUGGAGCCAGUGCGAUGGUAGUCCCGCCUUUCAAACCACAUAUCUUGCAACAGAUUGUAAGGGCGACGUUGCAUAUGCUGCAAUUUGCUGUGGCGUAUUUCAUUAUGCUGUUGGCGAUGUACUACAAUGGGUAUAUCAUCAUUUGCAUAAUUAUCGGGGCUUGGAUUGGGGCCUUUAUAUUUAGCUGGGAGACGGUUAGCUUGAGUGGUCCUCAAGAAGAGGUAACUGUUUGCUGUGGAUGA